AAAACCCAGCAUCAGAUUCUGUCCCCGGCAGCGGAGAUGGUAUCCCCAGCCUGAGCCAGCCGCCCCAGGCCAGUGAGGAGAACAGUAACAGCAGCAUGGGGGCUGUUACAAGAUGUCCUGAACCUCCAGAACUGGCUGACAAGUCCUCCCAGUCCUCCCUGGCCAGCCUUGAUGACAUAGGGGACGGUAAUGACGCUAACGGUGAGCCGUGUCCCGGCGGUAGGGGGUCCGCAUCCACUCGCAUGGUGACCCGACUGAGGAACCCCGAGAGCAAACUCAGCCAGAUGAAGAGCCAACAGGUGGCUGCUGCUGUUCAUGAAGCCAACAAGGUCUUCAAGGAGGGCAAAGAGAUACUAGUAGUAAAUGCACAAGGUGACGUCACCCGUGUCAGCACGCGAGGGAAGGAGGUGGUGAUGAAGGGGACACUCAGUCCAUUCUUCAAGCUGGGCCAGGAGGGGAAAUACCGCGUCUAUCAUAAUCAAUACAGUAGCAAUACUGUGGCACUCAACAAGCACCAGCACCGAGAGGACCACGACAAGAGGCGGCAUCUCUCCCACAAGUUCUGCAUGACACCAGCUGGAGAGUUUAAGUGGAACGGGUCUAUUCAUGGCUCCAAGGUUCUGACCAUCUCCACACUGAGAAUCACCAUCAUCCAGCUGGAGAACAACGUUCCAGCACCCUUCAUGCACCCUAACUGGGCCUCACACAGGACCAACUGGAUCAAAGCUGUUCAGAUGUGCAGUAAGGCCAGAGAGUUUGCGCUGGCUCUGGCCAUCCUAGAGUGUGCCAUCAAACCUGUGGCUAUGCUGCCUGUCUGGAAGGACUCACUGGGCCACACCAGGUUGAAUCGCAUGACAUCCAUUGAACGUGAGGAGAAGGAGAAGGUGAAGAAGAGAGAGAAGAAGCUGGAGGAUGAAGAGACGAUGCAACAGGCCACAUGGGUCAAGUACACCUUUCCCAUUAAACACCAGGUGUGGAAGCAGAAAGGAGAGGAGUAUCGUGUAACCGGCUAUGGAGGCUGGAGCUGGAUCAGUAGGACUUAUGUGCAGCGGUUUGACCCCAAGCUUCCCGGCAACACAAACCCCAACUACCGCAAAGAACUGGAAGAUGCUAAACUUGGCAAGAAAUGUACCCUGCUGGACUUGAGUCGACGCCCCAGUGUCGCUGCACCAGAGGCUCAGGGAGCUGCUGUGUCGAGCAGUGAGGAGAAAGAUCAAGACUCCUCCAGCCUCUCCAAGCCUACAACAGAUCAUCCAAUGACUAAUGAGCUGGAGUCUAAUGAGAGGAUGGAAGAGGAAAAGAAACAAGGGGCAGAGGAGAAGGAAAAAUCUGAGGAAUUACCAGCAGAUGAAACGCCAACAAAGAUGGAGGUGGACCCUCCAGACUCACGACCAGAAGAGCAAAGUUCCAGUAUUCAGGAGGAAAAGACUGCUGUGAAGGAGGAGCCUACCGAUAUCUCCACACGGCCCUUUAACUACGAUGUAGUAGAUGUCAGCAAGGGCUUCAUAACGCGCAUUCCCUACAAGAAGGUCAAGACCUCCAAACUGGAUGGCCUGCUGGAGCGACGCGUAAAGCAGCGCGUUAUUGAAGAGAGGCAAAGGCAGCAGGCGUCUGCCGCCAACCCUCAGACUCUUAUACCCGUUGCAUUCACAGCAACCCCCCCUUCGAGCACUCCGGUCCAGCCACGGUCUCCACUCAAGCCCCAUGCUCUCGCUCAGACACAGCUUGCACUGGGCAGAGCUGUAAAAGAAGAGGAGAAACCCACAACACAAAUUCCAGUGCCGGGAACAGUUGAAGGACGAGAGGAUGUCAAGGAGGGUCUGCAUGAACCCUCAAAAACUACGAAUCAGACUGUCUCUCUUCCUACUCCUUCUCCUGUUCCUGACUCCACACCCAAAGACAGUUGCAGUACAGGUACACAAAACCAAACUCUUUCAAAGCCCAAGGUAUUGGAGGCAGACUUAGUAGAAAGGACUAUGGGGCAAAAAGAAACAAAUACAGACAUUUCAUGGCAAGAGGGCAUCAAACUGCCUAAUUCACAAGAAACACCAGCAGGGGGAAUUCAAAGCUCUUUAGAGCGACAAACAGCCAGCGUAACAUCUGAUGUUACCAAGGCUGCACAUAUUGAAAAAACUGGGUCUGACGUUUCCAACUUCAAAUUCGACUCCCUACGGACUUCUCCAAGUGUUUUUGGGCAGAUAGGCGGUCAAAACACAUCUCCUUCUAAAGGUAUUAAUCCAAACCCAGAAACCUUAGGGUCAGCACAUUCAAGCACAGAGGAAAACGGCAUGGGGCCAAAGGAGAUCCUAGGAAAUAUAGAACGCAUUGGACAAGGUAAAACCGAAAGCGAUAGCAUUCCCAAGCCAGUUUCUCCUCUCCCUCAGGUAAAUGGUAAUGAUGGCUUGGGGAGUGAAAAUGUGUUAAGUAACUCUGUAAUGAGCUCAAAUAAUGGUAUACUUAUCAGCAGUACAAAGCUUAAGGAGAACAUCAUUGGUAAAGUUGAAGAACAUGGGGUGGUUGUGUCGUUGAAGGACGGCACGCAGCCAAAGCCUUUAGUGAACGGAGAUUUGGCCCCUUUGAAUGAUUGUACAGAGGUUGGGGACAAGGGGCCAAGCCUAGUUUCUAAGAUAGAGAUUAAGACAAUGACCUCAGACCAGAACUACAAACCUCCACUGAAGAUCGCGAGGCUGGAGAACAAUGUAGGAGCACUUGGAACUAGCACUUCCCCAUUUCAGUCUAUGGAGGACAAACCCAGUCCUGCGGUGAAGAUCAUCAGGAUGGCGCCGUCUCCUAUACCCUCAGCAGAGGAGUUAAGUCUGAGCGACGGCUUUGCAGAGGAGAACAGUAACAGCGGGACUACAGAACCACUCAAAACCAUCAUCACCCAGGUAACCACAACCUCCACGACCACCACAACUGUUGUUUCUACGGAGAUGAGGAUAGCAAAAAUGACAUCGAAUGAGCCGGCUGUCGUGAAAAAGCCUGUUGCGUCGACAACAGAAAGCAGCGCAGUGUCCACCCUCACUACCAUGACCAAAACAACUGUGUCCAAAGUAUGUUCCCCUGGGCUGGACAGUCAGUCAGAGGACAGCCAGAGUGAGAUAGUGACGAAGGAGCAGAAGACAGCACUGUCAGUCAGUAAGUCCACAACUGACAGCCGUGGUAAGACCUCAGUGUCGUCUGUCGCUGUGAGUCUGGAGGACUCGUUGUCCACAAAGGGCCGGGUCCGUCUCCUCAAGUUCUCCCGCACCAAGAAGACUCGCUCAGACACUGCCCUUCCUUCUUACCGCAAGUUUGUCACCAAGAGCAGCCGCAAGAGUAUUUUUGUACUGCCACAUGACAACCUGAAGGUGCUGGCGAGGCGAGGCGGGUUUCGUGAGGUGUCCAUCUUCAGCUACAAUGCCAAGCCAGCGCUGGAUAUCUGGCCGUAUCCCUCACCCAGGCCCACAUUCGGCAUCACCUGGAGGUACCGUCUGCAGACCGUGAAGUCUUUGGCUGGUGUUAGCCUGAUGCUAAGGCUCCUCUGGGCCUCGUUGAGAUGGGACGACAUGGCCGUCAAACCAUCCGCAGCGAUCGGCACCACACGUACAGAGACGUCAGACACCGAAAUCACCACGACAGAGAUCAUCAAGCGCCGUGACGUGGGACCCUACGGCAUUCGCUCUGAGUACUGCAUCCGCAAAAUCAUCUGCCCCCUAGGAGUGCCUGACACUCCUAAAGAAACCCACACCCCUCAGAGGAAGGGGCUGCGAUCCAGUGCGUUGCGCCCCAAAAAGGCGGAGCCGGCCAAGCAGACGGGCCCCGUGGUGAUGGAGACCUGGGUGGCUGAGGAGGAGCUGGACCUCUGGGAGAUCAGAGCCUUCUCAGAGAGGGUGGAGAGGGAGAAAGCUCAGGCAGCCGAGCAGGCCAAGAAACGUCUGGAACAGAAACCAGGCAUCACAGUGACCCCAACAGGGACUCCUGCAACACCUGUCUCCACGCCCAAAGUCAUCAUCGGCUCACUUUCGGGCCAGGGCACCGCCACCACCAAGGUCGUACUGUCCACCAAAAUGGGCACCCCCGUCACAUUCCAGCAGAACAAAAACUUCCAGCAGUCGUUCGCCACCUGGGUCAAGCAGGGUCAAAGCACACAAGGUGAGACCACCUUGGCCACAUCUAGUGGACACACCUUCCAGAUUACGGGAACCUCUAUGGGGGGGAAGGUAGUGACCACCAAGCUUCCACUCCCCUCCAACAGCAAGAUCGUCACUGUCAACGUGCCAACUUCACAAGGAGGUGUUGUUCAGCAGAAAGUGUUGGGGAUCAUCCCGUCAGGCACAGCAGGCGGUGCUCAGACCUUCACCACAUUCCAGCCGCGCACCACCACGCUCAACAUCAGGCCCAAUACCCCAGGCUCCCAGCAGCAGGUUCUGGCAGCUGGUGCUCAGAUCCGUCCAGGAAUGACGGUGAUCCGAACACCGAUCCAGCAGACCGGACAAAUGGGAAAGACGAUACUCCGAACUCCCCUCGUGGUCCAGCAAGGUCAGGGUGGACAGCAGGUCGUGACACAGAUAAUUCGCGGCCAGGCAGUUUCCACGGCAAUAUCUGGGGCCAGCCCAGUUGCCACGGUUACUGGUCAAGGGGCAGGAAGCCCCACGACUGCAGCUGGCACCCCGCGGGCGCAGGGCCAGGUCAAACUCACCCUUGCUCAGCUCACCCAACUCACACAGAAGCAGCAGGCAGGUUCAGCUGUUGAUCGGCAGCCUGGAGUCGGUGGUACCCAGCAGGCUCUGACGGUGAUGGUUCAGGGUCAGGGCCAGACCACUGGCCAGCUGCAGGUCAUUCCUCACGGGGUCACGGUCAUCCCAGGACCCGGUCAGCAGCUCAUGCAGGCAGCGCUGCCCAACGGCCAGGUGCAGCGCUUCCUCUUCACUCCCAUCGCCUCAGCAGCCACGCCAACAUCAAGCACAGCCACCACAGUUCCCGGUCAGCUCAACUCCACCUCCACUAAAACCCCCGCCCAGCCCGCCCAGCAGGCGGCUGCCCCCGUCCAGGCAGGGGCAACCCCCUUGGCCACUACGAGCACCCCUUCGGCGGCCACCCCACAAGGCCAGUUACCCCCUCAGACGCAGGCUCACAUGCCGAUCCAGUCUCCCACCUCGCUGCAGGUGAAAACACAGGGAGGAACGGCUCAGCUCAUCAGCAUGUCCGGACUGCAGCAGCAGGUUCAGGUGUUGGCGCAGCUGCAGGCCCAGCAGGCUGGAGGCUCUCUGCCACAGCACAUCAAACUGCAGCUUCCCAUCCAGAUUCAACAGGCCGGGACCACCUCAGCUCAGGGAGGACAGAUUGGGAACGUGGUGACCAUCCAGGCAGCUUCUGUCCAGGAGCAGCUGCAGAGGAUUCAGCAGCUCAGAGAGCAGCAGCAGCAGAAGAAGAGACAAGCUGCAGAGGCCAAGAGAGAGCAAGCCCUCAACACAGCCAGCCAGAGCGACAUCAUUCAGAAACAGGUGGUGAUGAAACAAAACGCUGUGAUCGAGCACCUGAAGCAGAAGAAGACCAUGACGCCUGUAGAGAGAGAAGAGAAUCAGAGAAUGAUCGUGUGCAAUCAGGUGAUGAAGUUCAUUCUGGACCGGAUAGACAAGGAUGAGAGGCUGGAGGCCAAGAGGAAGAAGAAGGAGGAGGUGGUGGAGGCCAAGAGGAGGUUGGCCAACGCCGGCAAGCUCUCCUCGCUCCUCUACCGCUACAAAGAGGGCCUCAAGAUGGAGAUCCUGAAAAAGCGGGCUCUUCUGGACAAAGAGCUGCAGCUCGAGACACAGGAGGAGCUUAAGAGGGAUCUGUUGCGGAUCCGCAGGGAGAAGGAGAGGGCUCAGGCUGCCGCUCAGCAGGCCGCACAGGCCGCAGCUGCACGCAACAAGCAUCAACACACGCACAGCAUCACAUCUCAACACCACCUCACCACCAGCGCCUCCUCCACACACAAAAGAAAAAGGGAGGACGAGAGGGAGAAUGUGAUGUCGGCAAAGUCCAAGAAGAAGAAGAUGAUCUUGACGACGAGCACCAAGGACAGCAAAAAGGAAAUCAAGCUCUACUGCGUCUGCAAAACGCCAUACGACGAGUCUAAGUUUUACAUUGGUUGCGACCUGUGUACUAACUGGUAUCAUGGAGAGUGUGUGGGCAUCACGGAGAAGGAGGCUAAGAAGAUGGAUGACUACAUCUGUGUGGAGUGCAAACAGGGACAGCAGACCAGCACGGAGGAGCUGUACUGCAUCUGUCAGACGCCCUACGACGAGUCCCAGUUCUAUAUCGGGUGUGACCGGUGUCAGAACUGGUACCACGGUCGCUGCGUGGGCAUCCUGCAGAGCGAGGCCAACCACAUCGACCAGUACGUGUGUCCGAAUUGUCAGUCCACAGAGGACGCCAUGACGGUCUUCACGCCGCUGACCGACAAGGACUUUGAGGGCCUGCGGAGAAUUCUGCGUUCAUUACAG